AUAAAUUUCGAAGAAGAAACACCGGAAACGGCGGGAUAACAGCAGCAGUCAUGGCGUCCACAGCGGCGGCUCGAGCUGCGACUGGAGCAUCGAAAGUCGUCAAGCCCAUUUUUAGCCGGGAUUUUGACGAAGCUAAACGCAGGGUCCGUGAGCUCUACCGGGCCUGGUACCGAGAAGUCCCGAACGCAGUGGCAAUGUUCCAGCUGGAUAUCACGGUACAACAAGGGCGAGACAAAGUGAGGGAAAUGUUCAACAAAAACAAACAUGUCACCGACCCCCGUCUCAUGGACAUGUUGGUCAUCAAGGGGAAAAUGGAGCUCCAGGAGACGAUCCACGUGUGGAAACAGAAGACGCACAUUAUGCGAUAUUUCUCCGAGUCCGAGGAACCGCGUGCUGCUGAUUUCCUGUCUAAAUUCUACCGAGGUCAUGAACCCUGAACCCUGAUGUUCCCUUUGACUGUAAAUACACAUAUAACAUUUACACACUCA